UAUAAUCAAUGUUCAAUUAAAAAUCCGGCACCGGUAAUACAUACUAUAGAGACUGUGUCUGUUCCCCGAGCUAUACAAAUAUAUUGAAAAUCUCGGAAAGUCUAUCUUCGUAACCUAAUUAACAUAAAAUUAAAUCAUAUUGAAUGCACAGCCAGAACUUUUGAUCUGAAGCUAGGACUAUUAAACAUUAGAUCUCUUGCGUCUAAGGCUCUUAUUGUUAACGACAUCAUUACUGAUCAGGAAUGUAAUUUAAUGUGUUUAACAGAAACUUGGAUCAAACCAAACGAGUACAUAGCAUUAAAUGAAGCCAGUCCUCCUGGAUACAGUUAUGUACAUCAGCCUCGUUCAACUGGUAGAGGAGGAGGUGUUGGUCUCAUCCAUAGUAAAAAUCUAGUCGUCACACAAAAACCUAAGCAUAAAUUUAAUUCUUUUGAAAUUCUUUAUACCAGUAUAAGUUAUAUAGCCACAAAAAAUAAGUCAAUUCCUCUAAUUAUUAUUUACAGACCCCCAGGGCCAUAUACUGAAUUUCUUAGUGAAUUUGCAGACUUUGUCUCAAACCUGGUUGUGUCUGUAGAUAAAGCAUUAAUCGUCGGAGACUUUAAUAUUAAUUUUGAUAACCUGGAAGACCCUCUAAGAUUAGCGGUUGUGUCCAUCUUAGAUGCAGUAGGGAUUAAUCAGAACGUAAUCGGGCCUACUCAUAAUGGUGGUCACACUCUUGACCUCAUACUAACAUACGGACUAAGUAUAGAAAAUAUUAUAAUUUUUCCGCAGUCUGAAGUUGUCUCAGACCAGUAUCUUAUCUCGUUCAUAAUACAUAUUGAUCAUAAUAUUUCCACCUCGCCUCGCUACCGUGUAAAACGUACCUACACAUCAGCUACUGCACCGAGCUUCAUAAAUAACCUCGAAGAAACAUCAAUUAGAUUUGGAUCACCGUCAGAUCCCAUAGAACUCAAUCAGGCGACUGAAAGCUUGGAGUCAACACUCCGCUACACGCUAGAUAGAGUGGCUCCACUCAAAAGGAAAAUAAUUAGAGAAAAAAAAUUAGCACCCUGGUAUAACGAUCAAACGCGAACCUUAAAACAGACAUCUCGACAAUUAGAACGUAAAUGGCGUCAAACCAAACUGGUGAUAUUUCAAACAGCAUGGAAGGAGAGCCUACUGAAAUAUAGGAAAUCUCUCGGCGAUGCUAGAAAAAUCUAUUUCUCCACCUUAAUAGGAGAUAACAAAAACAAUUCUAGAUUCCUUUUCAACACAGUAGCAAAAUUAACUAGGAAUAAAACCACUACAGAGAGAAACACUCAAUCAUUACAUAACAGUGAAGAUUUCAUGAAAUUUUUCAUUGAUAAGGUUGAAAAUAUUAGACGUGAAAUACAGGCCAUUAAAUUAAAACCGGACAGUACUGUAACAAACCCAUUACAUGACAAUGUAGCAAUAUCAGAUCAAUGUUUAGAGUGUUUUGCUCCGCUUAGAGAGACCGAACUAGCUACAUUAAUCUCUUCAGCCAAUUCAUGAACUUGCAUACUAGAUCCUGUACCUACAUGUUUGUUUAAACAGAUUUGUACAGGAGUAAUUGAACCACUUUUAAAUAUAAUCAAUUCUUCCCUAAGCACUGGCUAUGUACCUAAAUCACUUAAAUUAGCAGUUAUUAAACCCUUGAUUAAAAAACCUGAUCUUGACCCGUCUCAAUUGUCCAGCUAUAGACCAAUAUCAAAUCUCCCCUUCAUCUCUAAGAUUUUAGAAAAGGUUGUAGCAAAGCAGCUAUGCUCGUACUUCGAUAGGAGUAACAUUCAUGAAAUGUAUCAGUCAGGAUUUAGACCUCAUCAUAGCACAGAGACAGCGUUAGUUAAAGUAGUAAAUGACCUUCUACUGACCUACGAUCAGGGUUGUGUCUCGCUGCUUGUGUUACUCGACCUUAGUGCAGCUUUUGAUACUAUAGAUCACACUAUUCUCCUUGAUAGAUUAGAAAAUGUUGUUGGUAUUAAGGGAACAGUCCUCUCUUGGCUCAGGUCUUAUCUGACUGAUCGUUAUCAGUUCGUAGAUGUAAAUGGUGAUUUCUCCAUGCGUACUGAGGUUACUUUUGGAGUUCCACAGGGUUCUGUUUUAGGCCCACUGCUCUUUACUUUAUAUAUGCUACCUCUAGGACAAAUUAUUGGUAAACAUGGAAUUAGCUUCCACUGUUAUGCUGAUGAUACACAGUUGUAUGUUUCAGCGAAGCCAGAGGACAGACAGAAGCUUAGUAAAGUUGAGGAUUGUGUAAAGGACAUUAGAUGUUGGAUGCUUAUUAACUUCCUCUUACUUAAUUCUGAUAAAACAGAAAUACUUUUAUUAGGCCCAUGUGUAGCUAGAAGUAAUUUUUCUGAUCACAUGGUUACUCUGGAUGGUCUUUCUGUUUCAUCAUGUGCAGCAGUAAAAGACCUUGGAGUGAUUAUUGACUCCAGCCUAUCAUUUGAUGCUCAUGUAGAUAAUAUUACUAGGAUAGCUUUCUUUCUUCUCAGAAAUAUUUCUAAGAUAAGAAACAUAUUGUCACUACAUGAUGCAGAAAUAUUAAUUCAUGCUUUCGUCACCUCUAGAUUAGAUUACUGUAAUGCCUUACUGUCUGGAUGUUCCAGUAGGAAUAUAAAUAAGCUCCAGUUAGUCCAGAAUGCAGCUGCUAGAGUCCUAACUAGAACUAGAAGAUACGACCAUAUCACACCAAUAUUAUCACUACUGCAUUGGCUCCCAGUGAAAUCUCGCAUUAACUAUAAAAUACUAUUAUUAACCUAUAAAGCACCAAACGAUCUCGCACCACAAUAUCUAAGUGACCUUUUGGUUUUAUAUGAUCCGCCAUGCCUACUUAGAUCAAAAGAUGCAGGCUAUUUGACGGUACCUCGAAUAGUGAAGACUACAGCAGGGGGAAGAGCCUUCACUUAUAGAGCCCCACAGUUAUGGAACAGUCUUCCUAUUAGUGUUCGGGACUCAGACACAGUCUCAGUGUUUAAGUCUAGGCUUAAAACGUAUUUGUUUACUCAUGCCUACCCUGACUAGAUUCUGUUCUACUACUUCACAGUCAUAAUAAUCUUUUUUCUCCCUCUCUCCUUUUGCCGAGCC